UACGUUGAUUCACUCGUAAUUUGUUGUUUUAGAAUUGAUUGGGAACAAAAUUGACUCUCAGGUCUUCUGUUGAGAUAAUCAAUCAUAAAUGAUGAUGCUGUGAUGUAUUCGGCUAGGAAUUAGUAGGUUUUGAGAAUAUUUUGGUUUGGAGCCUCGGUGUAAUAUAUAGAAUGGGGAUGAGAAAGGGGUCGCCAUUUUUUGUUGUCCUCUUGGGAUUUGGAUUCUUCAUUGCGACCUACAAUCUCGUUACUAUGGUAAUCCACAAUCGAAAUUGGAAUUUUCCGGCGCAAUUGGCGGAUCGCUCAACCCUUGCUCUUCGAUCUGAUCCUAUUGUUGGGAUGCCAAAUGAGUUUAAGAAGUCGGGAGGGCCGAGGAGGCUAUUUCAUGUGGCGCUUACUGCGACUGAUGCGCCUUAUAGUAAGUGGCAGUGCAGAAUAAUGUACUACUGGUACAAGAAGAUGAAGGAUUUGGAGGGAUCAGAAAUGGGAGGGUUCACGCGGGUUCUGCAUUCAGGGAAUCCUGAUAAUUUGAUUGAUGAGAUCCCUACUUUUGUCGUGGAUCCUCUCCCGGCUGGUAUGGAUAGGGGUUACAUUGUACUGAAUCGACCAUGGGCAUUUGUUCAGUGGCUGGAAAAGGCAAAGAUUGAGGAAGAUUACAUAUUAAUGGGAGAACCAGACCAUAUAUUUGUGAAUCCCUUACCCAAUUUGUCUCGGGGAGAUUACCCAGCAGCAUUCCCCUUCUUCUAUAUUAAACCCUCUGAAAAUGAGAAAAUAAUUAGGAAGUUCUAUCCUGAAGAGAAAGGUCCUGUGACAAAUGUUGAUCCUAUUGGCAAUUCUCCUGUUAUCAUAAAGAAGUCUCAACUUGAAAAAAUUGCUCCUACGUGGAUGAAUGUCUCCUUAAAAAUGAAAGAAGAUCCUGAGACUGAUAAAUCUUUUGGAUGGGUGCUUGAAAUGUAUGCUUAUGCUGUUGCGAGUGCAUUGCAUGGUGUGCAGCAUAUUCUCCAUAAGGAUUUUAUGAUACAGCCUCCUUGGGACUUGAAGGUUGGAAACUCAUUCAUUAUCCAUUACACUUAUGGAUGUGACUACUCUUUAAAGGGUGAACUGACUUAUGGAAAGAUUGGGGAGUGGCGCUUUGACAAGAGAUCACACCUUCAAGGACCACCACCAAGGAACCUUUCCUUACCCCCACCAGGCGUUCCUGAAAGUGUGGUUAGGCUUGUGAAAAUGGUGAAUGAGGCUACUGCUAACAUUCCCGGUUGGGAUCAAGCAAGGUAGAAAACCAUUAGUAAGUGAAGCAUUUCGUAGCUUUAUUUCCAGAGAACCAAAACGAAUUAGGAGACAACAGAUUUAUACACAGCCUAUUCAGUAAGGUCUUUCUCGCAUUUCUCAAUUUGAUAAUAUGUUGGACUAAUUGAUGAAUUAUUCUUUUAGGAAAAUUUUUGUAUAGUUGAGAAAUGCCUCUACAUUAUCGGAACUUAUGUUGCUCAAAGCUUUUGAAUGAAGUUUGUUUUUGAAACAUGAAUUGAUUUUGUUCCCCUGUGUACUAUUUAAUUUCUAUUCUUUCAACAUUUUAUUUGUAGUGUAUAAAAGCUUACACAGAAGGUCAGAGGAAAAUCAAAUUCUGUAUUGUUACA